AUGGAAUUCUUUUUCAAGUACAUUCCACAAAAGACAGUUAAAGGAAGGGCAAUGGCAGAAUUUCUAGCAGAUCACCUUUCUACCAAGAUAGAUUCAGAAGUAUGUGACGAGGUGGAUAAUCUCUACCUUGACUAUACAUCUUGGACUCUCAUGUUUAAUGGGUCAAGCACUCAUGAUGGAGGAGGAGCUAGAAUAGUUAUCACUUCACCAAAAGAAAGGAAAACCACAUUUUCUUUCUUCUUGGAUUUCAAGUGUACAAACAACCAAGCUGAGUAUGAGGCACUAAUUAUUGGGUUAGAAAUCCUGCUAGAGCUAAAGGUGGAUAAGGUCCAGAUUAUUGGAGAUUCCAACUUGAUAGUUAGCCAACUUUCUGAAGAAUAUAGAUAUCUCAACUGUCAUUUGAGGCCUUUCCAUUCUUUGGCCUUGGAAUUACUUUACCAAUUUGAUGAUUUCCAACUCAAAUAUUGGCCAAGGCAUUUGAACACGGAGGCUGAUGAUUUGGCACAACUAGCCUCCCGAGUGAAAGUCCCACUAGGAAUUAAAAGAAGGACUCUCCCUUCUAUAGAGUCACGGUAUGAGAUGACAGGUCAUUUCCAAGCUGAUAAGCCAGAAAGAAUCAAACCUGCCAAGAAGACAUGGAAGAUUUUCAAUGUUGAUAUAGAUGAAUUAGACUUGGAUGAUUGGAGAGCACCAAUUAUUCAUUUCUUGCAAGAUCCUAGUGCCAAUAUGGACAAGAGGAUUCAGCUUUUGGCACCUUAUUACAUUUUGAUUGAUGGAGAUCUCUAUAAAAAGAGUAAAGAAAAUGGUCUCUUGCUAAGAUGCCUUAGCAGGAACGAGUCCAUGAGAAUAAUGGUAGAAUCACACCUUGGAAUAUGUGGAGUAUAUCAAGCUAGAAUCAAAAUGAGAUGGCUUCUUAGAAGGUAUGAUUAUUAUUGGAAAAACAUUUUGAAAGAUUGCAAAGAGUUUGCAAAGACUUGUAUUGCAUGUCAGGAAUAUGGCCCGGUCCAAAGGGUUCCAGCAAUAAAUAUGCAGCCAAUAGUAAAAAUAUGGCCAUUUAGAGGGUGGGCUUUGGACUUUAUUGGAAAGUUAAGACCACCAUCUGUAGAUGGCCAUACUUAUAUGGUAGUUACAACAGAUUAUUUCAUAAAAUGGGUGGAGGCCAUUCCAUUAAAGACUUGUGAGCAAUCAACAGUUAUUAAUUUCAUCAAGAAGCACAUUAUACACAGGUUUGGAAUUCCAGAGACUCUCACCACAGAUAGAAGCCUUUCCUUUGUGGGAAGUGAGGUUAUUGAUUAUUGUGCUGAAUGUGGCGUUGUUGUAUCUCUCACAAUCAAAUGA